CAAUCAUCAUUGCAAAUUCGGAUAGUGUGUGUAGAGACAAUAACAAGAGUGGUUUGAAAUUUCGGCGUAGUAUCCAAAAAUAGCAAGUUAUUGCUGUAACCUUAAAGAAUUAUUUAAUAUUUUAUUUGGUGCUGUUUAAGAAAAAAAAUAUCGUAAUGAGCGUGUAAGAUGAACGCAUUGCGUAACAUCUUUAGCACGCGCACACUCAACUUACUACGACAGAAUGGGCAAAAUGCGCUCCUUAACUUAACACAACAACAGCCUGUAGAGGAUGCAGCCACAUCUGCACCUUUAAUUGGGAAUGAUAAUAAUACAAAACCUGCUCCGCUACUCAUACCGAAAUCCAUACUCGAUGCAACCACAUUUACGGGCAAGAAAUUUGCAGCAAAUGGAGCAUCCUCGGGUUCGGUGUCGCCAACCACAUUGAAGAACUAUCGGCGCAUGCAGCGCAAAGUGGAAUUAGUCUAUCGUUGCAAACUGUGCAACACACGGAACAGUAAAACUGUGACGGAAGCUGCAUACACCAGUGGAAUUGUCAUAUUGCAAUGCGAUGGUUGCGGCGUCAACCAUUUGAUUUGCGACAACGUAGGUUGGUUUGCGGAUACAAAGUCCAAGGGCAAGACAUUUGACGAAAUGCUAGCCGAGCAAGGCAAUCGUGUAAAGGUCAUUAAAGUCAACGAACGUGGCGAACUGAUCUAGUCCUUAAAUUUGUUAUUUUGUUAUUUGCAUUUUUGUACUCACGGAAAUGUGAAAAUGUUUUAAUAAAAACAACGCAUAAGCAAUGAACAUAAACA